CUGGUGAUGGCGGUGGCGGCGCAGCUCGGCGGCGGACGCCCACGGGACAGAUAUCCUACCCGAGCACUGUCCAAGCCCCUUCGAUUGCGCACGCACAACGCAGCAGCCGUGAUGACCCCUACUCAGCCGACGACGGCGGCACCCGCCGGGUACUACGCCGCUUAUGGUACCGCUGCCCCAGCACCACCACCCGCCCAGCAGCAGCAGUAUCUCGCCCAGCAGCACGUUGUUGCGGUGGCUCCGGGGGCGGCCGCUGCACCCCCGCCCGCGGCAGCGUACGCUACUUACCCGCAGCCCUGGCAGGGUCAGCCGCAACAGCAGCAGCCUGCUGCUGUAAGCAGUGCUGCACAUCGCCAACAGCAGCAGUACGCUGCCCAGCCUCCACACCAGCAGCAGCAAUACGCCGCACCGGCGCCUGGAGCACCGGCUGGGGGAUACCCCUCCGCUGCUUCCGCGUACGGGCACUACCCGCAGCAACAGCCACAGCAGCAGCAGCAGCAGCAUCCGGUUGGCUAUCAGCAGCAAUACCCACAACAGCAGCAGUAUCAGCAGCAGCCACAGCAGCAGCAGCAGCAGCAGCAGCCUUUGUCGUUACCGCUGUUGGCGACACCGCAGCAACCGCCCCCUGCAGCCCCCGGCCAAACCCUCGGAGCUUACGCCUACCCAGGAGUAGGGGUGGCGCCGGUGGCAGCACCAGCGCCGGCGGCGGGACAGCAGCAGCAGCUCACUCCUCAACAAGUAGCACAGGAGGCCAUAGCUAAGACGAUGGCUGCGAUGAAAGAGCGCCAGGAGCAACAGCUCCAGCCAGGUCAAGUGCUGGACAACCGACGAGGUUACAUCCACGGCAACCUGAUCGGAAAGAUGGAAAAGGCGAGGCUGGAGCGAGCAGCCGCAAAGAACGAGAACUACGUGCGAAGAAAGGACGAGAUUGCCCGGAGAAAACGGCUGGGGCUGCCCUUAGACGGGCUGAUCGACGCCAAGAAGCUCCUCGCAGGAGGGGGGGGCGGCGGAGGGGGCGGAGGGGGGAAGCCCCCCCCCAGACAUGUGCCGACCGGGGGUGGCGGUGGGCAGAGCAGGGCCGGGAUAGGUACAGCGGGGGCUAAGGCCCAGAACACGAGUGUAUACAUCACUGGCCUGCCCUCUGACAUCACCCAGGCGAAGAUCGAGCUGGUGUUCUCCCAGCACGGAUCGGUGAAGAGGUCCAAGGUCUACCGGAAUGAGGCCGGCGAGGCUAAGGGGGACGGUCUCGUGACGUUCGCCAAGCCGGCUUCCGUCGACCUUGCCGUCUCAAAGAUGAAUGGGCACGAGAUAUCCGUGGGAUAUCCCAUAACCGUGAGCAUGGCGGACUUCAACAGGACUAAGUCGGGCACAGCGACGGAGGAGCCGCCAUCCCAACAGCAGCAACAGGAAGCCAGCAGCGGGGCACACAACGGGGUGGAGGAGGGGGUGGGUGGGGGACAAGAGAACGGCGGCGGCGGGGGGGGGGGUUACGACGACGGGGCCCUGCCCCCCCUCCCGGAGGAGUGCGGGGCGGACAAGCACCCGGUGGUGGUGCUGCGCAGCGUGUACACGAGGGAGGAGUCGGAAGCCGACCCGCACUUCUUCGACGACCUCGAGGCGGACAUGCUGAUGGAGUGCGUCAAGUUCGGGACGGUCAUCAGUGUGGCCACCCCCGAGGCGCCGGGGUACUUCGGUUGCGUGGUGAUAACGUUCAGGACUAGCAACGGGGCCAACGCGUGUGCCGAGGCAAUGCACGGAAGGUGGUUCGACCAGCGACAAAUCGAAGCUCUCGUGACGGGCAAAGAAGUCCUCUCGAAGGAGGGAGAAGAGAACGGCGGCUCGGAGGACAACAGCAGCAGCAGUGGCAAGCAGGGCGGGGGGGACGUAAGAGAGGCGACCGGCGAAAAGGAGGAGAACGAUGAAACGGCCAUGGGCCCGCUACUGCAAGGACCGCCAGACAGCCCUCCACCUGCAGACCUGAACAGCUUCUUGGAGUCGGUAUAGAUGGUGUGCUCGCUCGCUACAUUUGGGUUUCGGGUAAAAGGGUCAACACACCCUAAAUCUCGUCGUAGCAACAGACCUGAACGCCUUUUUUGAGUCGGUGUGAUGAUGUGCUUGCUACGUUUAAGUUAGGGUUGUGGUUGGUAGUUGCAGGUUUACCCUGAACCUCGUCGUCUUCCGUGUUUUGUUUUUGUACCGGUGUGCACAAUCUUGUUGUGGUAGUGAUUUGUGUUGACGGCUGCUGCUGCUGCUGCGGC